GUGAGGGCCAGCCAGUAGGCAUCCCUCCGAGCCCACGCUCUCGGAUCCGGGACCAGGGUCUCCGGGUUGCGCGCGGCCUGACGUGCAGGGCCUAGGCCAGCGGGUGUCCGCCUGCGUUGUGCCUCCGCCUGGGCUGAGAGCUGACGGGACCCCGAUCAGUCGGUGGGACCGCAGGGAAAUAGAGGACAGGGACCAGCCCAAGGUGGAGCUUUGCGGGGAGCAGGUGGUGGGGCGGGAAGGCUGCGCCCUCUGGCCCUGUUGAGCGCAGCAGCGGCCCCAGCAUCUCGGAAGCUGAAGGUCCCCCUGCCUCUGGACCCACAGGUCUGACAAGCAUGAGGCUGUCUUUCAAGUUAAGGCGUUGACGUUUUUCUCGAACGUUUUGCACAGCAUGACAGAGGUGACUAGCUUUCUGCGCCCCUCCCUCUGCCUGGCCACGAAGCCACUGUCCCGCUCUGUCACAGCAGCACCCUGCUUCCAGGGACCAUGUCACUAGAGCGCAGGUUAAGCUGUAGCAGAGACUUCAAAGCACAGUGGCUCAAGCGAGGGGAAGUUUGUUUAUCCUGCGCAGGACUGUGGAGGGCCCAGCUGGAGGUUGCAAUACUUCCCGACUGUUACCAGAAACGGGCAUGCAGGAGAUUACAAGCAGCCACCCAGGAGUGGGGCCGCCCUCAGGUGAAGGUGGGCGCCCCGGGGCCCUGGAGUCGUGAGGAGCUUGAGGCACAGCCCAGAGGUGCGCCGGAGAGCCUCCAGGGCCGACCAAGUGUGGGGAUUCCUCUGAACAGCGGAAGGAACUUGGCCCAGCCCUGCCUGAGAUGUAUUGCCGGGGAGUCUCGUGAAGAGGAAGCGUGGUGCCGCCAUCGUGGAAUCAUGGGCACCCAUCCGGGGAUGCUCCGGAUCCUGGGAGCUGCAGAGCAGAGGGUGCCCUUGCUGGCAUCUGGAGUGUAGGACGGUCUCUGUACAUGGAGAAAUGAGAAUAUAUUCGCAGACAAAGCGUGACCUGAGGGAGAAGCCUGCCGGAAUCUGGAUUUUCAAUAACAUAAGACAAUAAAGCUUAGACUUCUAA